AUGACGGAUCCUCGCCCCUACCACGUUCUGAGCUACGGUACCCUUCUGGGUACACAGUUCUUCCAGUCCUUCGUCGGCGGCGUAGUUGCAUUCCGCGCUCUGCCGCGCCCGCAAUUCUCCAGUCUGCAGGCGGCCAUCUUCCCCAUCUACUUCUCCAUGCAGUCCGCGUUACCCGUGGUAGUAGCUCUGACAGCCAGUAGAGGCGGACAGGCGCUCGGUAUCUCGGGCCUUGCUGCCCCAGAGAACCGCUACACCACCCUCUUGCCUAUGGCCACCGUCGCUGUGACUGGGUUGAUCAACCAGAUUGUGUUGCGUCCACUGACGAUGAAGAUUAUGCGCGAGCGGAAGCACCAAGAAACCCGCGAUGGCAAGAAGAGCUACGACCCUGCUCCCCAUUCUAAGGAGAUGGUGGCUCUGAACAAGCGGUUUGGCCGUGUGCAUGGUAUCUCUAGUCUAGUGAACCUGAUCAGCCUGGUUGCCACUGUCUGCUACGGGGUCGUUCUCAGUAAGAAGCUGGAGUGA